AUGGACUCGUCCAAAAUCAGCAACGAUGACUCGGAUAUCGAAGAGGGUAGCAAUGCGUACCAUAUCGGAGGCUUCCAUCCCGUUUACGUUGGGGACAUAUUCAACAGCCGCUACCGCGUUCUCAACAAAAUUGGAUAUGGAGCGUAUUCAACGGUUUGGCUUGUCCAGGACGCGCAACGCGAAAAGGGUCACGAAUAUGAAUAUGUUGCACUCAAAGUUCUGAGCGCCGAGUGCUACUUCACUGACCAUCCCAUAUUCGAGCGAGAAAUCCUCAGGCAUCUUCGAGAUGGAAAUACUAGUCCGCUCGGGCAUUCGUACAUCUGCCACUUACUGGAUGACUUUGAGCACCAGGGUCCGAAUGGCAGGCACGUCUGCCUCGUCUUUCCCCUCAUGGGUGAAACGUUGAGGAGUUUCGGCGCUUGGUUCAAGGACAGCUUGGUUCCAUACACGGUCAUGCGGCGAUUCGCUAUCCAGAUCAUCCUCGCGUUGGACUACGCCCACGAUCAGGGCGUCAUACAUACCGAUAUCCAGCCGAGCAACAUCUUCGUAAAAUUCCGAGACUUCACAAAAGUGGGCCGCUAUUUGGAACACAGGAAACCGCCGGAGCAGGACCGCGAAGAACCGCGCUACAAACCUAUUCCGUCGCAAUCGCUGCGGAACUACUACUUCUCCAAAGAAGACAGAACUAAAGUCGACGAGUUCGAUGUGGUCCUGGGGGACUGGGGCGUCGCAAGCUGGAAGACGAAGCACCUGACAGAGAACAUUCAACCUGUUGCACUCCGUGCUCCCGAAGUCCUCAUAAAAGCCUCUUGGGACACCCAAACGGACUGGUGGAACCUUGGUGCAGUCCUCCUGGAGGUGUACCGUGCCGUCCGCAUGUUCAACGGCCAAGCUGUCGGCCCUGACGAGAAGGCCCGUUACGAACUCCGCGAGCAUCUUGCCGAGAUUGUCGACUUCUUUGGCCCGUUCCCGAGGUCGCUUCUAGACAAGGGCGACCCGCAGAUUGUUCAAGAUACCUUCUGCGAAGAUGGGACUGUCCGAGGUUACCCUUCUCAACUGGACCGGCCGCGUCUUUCUUCUGAAGAGUUUAUGUUGGGGCUGAAAGAAGUGGAUCGUGAGGAAUUUGCCUCCUUUUUACGUCUCAUGAUGAGGAUUAACCCUAAUGAAAGACCCGAUGUGGUGGCGCUUUUGAAACAUCCGUGGCUGGAUGCUUGGGCGGGUGCUUGA